AGCGAGCCGGGCAAAGGGUCAGCCGCUUGAUUGCAGCAGCCCAGAUGUCCUGGGCCGUGAGAAGGGAAGCAGGAGACCAAAAACUGCUGCUGGAGCUGAAGGAUGAAGUCAUCUCCUUGCUGCUUGUCCCUUUCUUCUGGGGCCUCCGGAGAGGAAUUAGGUGAGACCACAUCCUUCGAUUCUUUGGAAUCCAGUGUCUUCUGCAGUGAAGAAGGGCCAGGAUGCUUGCUACAGCACAUACCUCCAUCCUUGGACUGCAUGACCGUCAACGUUGGAGGUGCCCGCUUUGUGCUGUCCCAGAAGAAGCUUUGUUGUUAUCCGGACACUCGGCUGGGCAAGCUAGCAGUAAUGGUUUCAGCUGCCCGGGAUGUUGCCUCCAGCCUUUUGGAACUCUGUGAUGAUGCCAAUUUGGUGGAGAAUGAAUAUUUUUUUGAUCGGAACUCUCAAGCAUUCAGUUAUGUCCAUAACUAUUACCAAACUGGCAGGCUACAUGUAAUGGAUCAGCUGUGUGCACUUUCCUUCCUGCAGGAGAUCCAGUAUUGGGGGCUGGAUGAGCUCAUGAUUGAUUCCUGCUGCAGGGACAGGUACUUCAGAAGGAAAGAGCUGAGUGAAACUUUGGAUAUCAAAAAAGAUGCUGAAGAAGUGGAGACCCAAGUUGAAGAAGAAGAUUUCUCUGGAAGUCUGUGUUCUACCACCAGACAAAAGCUAUGGGAAGUCUUAGAAAAACCAACUUCUUCUGUUGCUGCCAGGACUUUUGGCACAAUCUCCAUGAUUUUUGUCAUCAUUUCGAUUGCCAACAUGGCUCUGAUUUCAGUGGAAUUGACCUGGAUGCCAGCCCAGCUACUUGAUACUUUGGAGUAUGUGUGUAUUGCUUGGUUCACAGGAGAACUUUUGUUACGCUUUCUCUGUGCGCGGAAUCGAUGCCGCUUUUUAAAGAAUAUAGCAAAUAUCAUAGACCUUCUGGCUAUUUUGCCCUUCUACAUCACAUUGUUGGUGGAGAGCUUGCGAGGCGAACGCAGCUCCCAGGAGUUGGAAAACAUGGGACGUAUUGUGCAAGUGCUGAGGUUGCUGAGGGGUCUACGCAUGUUGAAGUUGGGCAGGCAUUCAACAGGUUUGCGUUCCCUUGGGAUGACCAUUGCUCAGUGCUAUGAAGAGGUUGGCAUGCUUCUCCUUUUCCUCUCUGUGGGCAUCUCCAUCUUCUCCACCAUAGAAUACUUUGUUGAGCAAGGUAUCCAUGACACAACCUUCACAAGUGUGCCUUGUGCUUGGUGGUGGGCUACCACCUCCAUGACAACCGUUGGCUAUGGAGACAUUAGGCCAGAUACAACUGUUGGCAAGGUUGUGGCCUUUAUGUGCAUAUUAUCUGGAAUAUUAGUCCUAGCUUUACCAAUUGCCAUCAUCAAUGAUCGCUUUUCUGCCUGCUAUUUUACCCUGAAGAUAAAAGAAGCUGCCCUUCGCCAGCGGGAAGCCCUAAAGAAGCUCACAAAGAAUAUGUCGAGUGACUCUAAUAUCAACAUUAAUUUGCGAGAUGUAUAUGCUCGAAGUGUAAUGGAUGUGUUGAAGUUCAAAAGCCGAGAAAGAACAAGUACUAGGAGUAGCGCUGGUGAUGAGUUUUGGUUUUGAAGACACACACACGUCCAUGCAUACACACAAACACACACACACACACAAACACAUACACACACAGUAUGAGAGAUGCCUAAGGUGGUAAUAGCUUUAAUAACAACAAUGAAUGCAAAGCUAAUGGUUCUUUAUUUUCCCCCAUGCAAAUCUGCUUAUCUAAGUUGCUGAGCAUAUGAACAACUAAUAUAGUCCAAAGGUAUAUUAAAAAGUAAAACAAAACAAGAAAAAUAUUCUCAGGGUACAUAAAUGCAAAUUCUCUUUAACGUUUUCAUCUUUCAUUAGAAAACAAUGGGGGGGGAUCUAUCCCAGUGGAUUAAUAUUCCAUUCUUUGGCUGUAACCUUUUUAUGCUCAUUCCAUUAUGAAAAGAAUAAAAGAUUAACAACAUAAAAA